CACGAUGCAGCAAAAAAGUGACGCAAAACAUUAAAAUACCAUCCGUAUUAUUACGUAUAGAAAUUUAAUUUUUAUCGCACCAAUUGCGACCAUUCCAAACAAUUCGAUUGAAAAAAAUAGUUGAUUUUGUUUUGAACGUGUGAACACCGUGAAAAAAUGCCAAAAAUAAAGAGAGAAUCGCGCCAAUUUAUUGUGAUUAAUGAGGAAAAACUCAUAAGUGAAGUACAAAACCGAUCCAUUCUGUAUGACAAAGCAUUGAAAGGUUACCGAAAGCCAGCAAUCCGUGAAACGGCUUGGCAAGAAGUCGCAACAGCCUUGGAGAGCACUGUCGAUGAAUGUAAGAAACGUUGGCGAUCGCUACGUGAUGCGUUCAUGAAGCAGUAUAAAAUGUAUUCGCGCGGUGAUUCAAAUACCAAAAAGCGAUGGUUGUUUUACGAGCAAAUGGAAUUUUUGGCUCCGUAUUUUGAGCAUCCUGACGAGAAAUUCGAUGGCGCCGAUUACAUCGAAACGAUAACAGCAGAAUGCGAAUCGGUCGAUAAGAAUAGCAUAAACCAGCAAAUGGUUUGUAUAAACAGUGAUGGCGAGUAUCAAACUCAAAUCGAAGUGGACGAAUACAGUGAAGAACAAUUGGAAGAAGAAGGUCUGGAUUCAUCACAAUAUAUCACGGUGAUCAAUAAGAAGGGUGAAAAUAGCAGCGUUCACUAUAUUAGCGCACCAAACAGUCAUUCAUCUGUGAACAACGACAUCCAAAACCAAAGUCCACCGCGUCAACAGGGAAAAGUUCAAGCUCAAGCGCAUACAGGCCGUGCAUCAAAUGACGAUCCCGACGAACGAUUCUUACUUAGUUGCUUGCCGGCGUUGAAACGUUUGCCAAACAAAAAAAAUUCAUUAGCAAAAGUGAAAAUACAACAAAUUCUUUUCGAGAUUGAAUUCGAUGAAUGCACAGGCGUUUAAUAUGUAGAUCACUCACACACACAUACAAAUUUUCACACAUUUUUCGUCGAUUUUUGCUGUCAUUGCUUUAUUUAAUCUUCAUUAAGCAUUUUGUACAAAAAUUAUUGAAUAAUUCGUUAUUUGGCAUUACAACAAGAUAAUAAAAAUAAUUUAUCUUCUUAUUGUAGAAUCAAACGGGGAUUUCUUUUCAUUACAUUUUCGUUUUCUUCAUUUUUCUGGAAAGUCAAGCCACAUUAGCGCUCGGUAAUGGGAAGAAUUUCGAUCAGCAUAGCAUAGACCAGUAAAUAGUUUGUAUAAACAGUGAUAGCGGGUAUCAAAUUGAAAUCGAAGUGUACGAACACAGACUCCUCCAUUGGAAGGUCGCCAAUUGGUCUUGAUUCAACAGAAAAUUCUCGAUUGAUACAGUGCGACAACAUUUGCUUCUUUUCACAGUUCUGGUUCCGUUUCAUAGCCCAUAAUAAUGUAGCAUUUAACAUCAUGUCCAAACUCAAAUAUUUGCAGUUGAUUGCAUCCAUGUAGACAUACCUGGUUCAAUUGUAUAAAAUUUGCAUUGUUUCAAUCAUUUUCAUUAAAAAUAUUUGAAUGUGCUUAACAAAAAUCGUUUACGAAGCAUGCAAGAAUAAUUGCUAAUUACAAACCAAAAUCCAGGCUGAAU